AUUUACAGUUCGUUUGUCGUAAAUAAGUCGCUAUGGAGAUAUUAAGAGCCGAAAUCGCUCGCAAACGCAAGUUACUUGAGGAAAAGCAAUUAGUGGAUGAUAAAAAAAAGUUUUUUCGCCGCGGCGACCUCAGUGCUAAAGACACCGAGGAAGUGCUACAAAAAGUGGGCUACAAGAAACAAGAGCAAGUUGUGGCGCCCAGGGCUGAGGGCGCAUACAGUUUUGUAGCUGAUGGACAGAAUAUUUUACCUCGCCUAGAAGUUAUACGCCGACUACGUGAGCGCGGCGAACCCGUGCUUUUAUUCGGCGAGACUGAGCCGGAGGCAUUUGAUAGAUUACGAAUCUGCGAGAUUUCACAGCCCGAAGCCAACCGUGGCUUCCGUAACGAUUUCCAGGAAGCAAUGGAGCAGGUGGAUGCAGCAUAUUUGCAGGAAAUGUUUGCUAACACACCCACUGCCAAGGAGGAUAAGAAAUCUGACUUCACGGAGCUAGAUGAAUCCAUUUCCUGGGAGAGUAUACAGGCGAUGGCUCAAAAAAUGGGCCGAAACAAAGACUAUGACAUGGACGUCAUCAUAACGCUUUUAACAUUUCUGCUAAAGUUGUGGAACGCACAGAUCGCCAGCUACACCAAGCAUGAGAAAAUGUCGACGAAAGUGAAAAUGACUCGCGUCAUUUACACACAGACGAAGGAGUAUGUGAAGCCAUUAUUUCGCAAACUGAAGCAUCAUACCUUGCCCGAAGACAUUCUUGACAGCUUACGGGACAUAUGUAAGCAUUUGCUGAAUCGCAAUUACAUAUCAGCAAGUGAUGCCUACUUGGAAAUGGCCAUAGGCAACGCUCCAUGGCCAAUUGGAGUUACCAUGGUGGGCAUACAUGCCAGAACGGGCCGCGAAAAGAUUUUCUCAAAAAACGUCGCUCAUGUCAUGAACGACGAAACACAACGUAAGUAUAUUCAGGGACUAAAGCGGCUGAUGACCAAAUGCCAGGAAUACUUUCCAACCGAUCCCUCCAAAUGUGUCGAGUAUGUAAGCAAAAAGGAUCGUGAAUAAAUAUAUGUACAUGGGUUGAUUA